GACACUGUGAAACAUUUAUUCUGUGAGAUAAACUAAAUACUAAAACAUUAAAAUUCCAUGAAAUCUUUAUUAGCUUGUAAUUUGAAAAGCCCACAGUGCCUGUUUCUAGCCUAUGCCGUCCAAGGGUGAAUGUACUGAGUUGGACAGGAUGGGACGGGAAAUGACUGUUCUGGAGAAACCUUGUCUUGGCCACAGUGUCCUGGCCAUCAGUAUAUAUUUUUUCCCUCACUACAGGAGAUAGGAAGAUGCCUCAAGAACCAGGUCAGAAUCUGAAAAGUGAGGAGCCUAGAGAUGAAGGGAAGGCGCCCCUUCCUUCCAGAGGGGCGUCCCAAGCUGGAUUACCCUCUUCCAGCCAGAUCCAUGGCAGACGUCUAAGAAAGAAUGCCCAACUCCCUAGCCGCCAGCCGGCUUCCAGCCCCAAGCACACUGCCACGAGGAAGGGCGUUAGCCAGAAGGACUCACAUGGCGGCGGCGAGAGGCCUUUCCAUUGCUCCCUCUGCAGCAAGACAUACCGUGAUGCUUCUGGACUGAGCCGUCACCGGCGUGCUCAUAUGAAUUACAGGCCCCACUCAUGCCCUGUGUGCGGAAAGCGCUUCCGGGAUCGGUCUGAGGUCAAACGCCACCAGAAGAUACACCAAAAAAAGGGGCCAGUGCUUGGAAACCAGGCGAGUACUGGGAAGAUUCCAGCCACAGCAGGAUUCCCAGCCCCCAGCUUCAGACGCCAGCAGCCCAUCCAGAGGCCUGUGGAUGCGACCCAUAGAGCAGUGGUCAGGACCAAGGCACCUAACAGCAGAGCCGUGGAUAGCAGAGCCAACCCUCCUCUGGUGAGGCGCGCAAGGCGCAAGGUGUUCUCUUGUCCCCUUUGUCCCCUGACUUUUAUCAAGAAGACUUAUCUCUCCAGCCACCAGAAGGUCCACUUCACAGAGCAGCCCUACCACUGCUUCUGUUGUGGUGAGUGUUUCAGCUCCUCCUUCAUACUGGCCCAACACCAGCAGAUCCACUGGAAGGAGAAGAUCUAUUGUUGCCCGGUCUGUGACGUCUGCUUUGAAGGGAAGGAAGCCCUUCUGGGUCACUUGGGGAAUAAAAGGAAGGCGCAGGAUGUAGGCAAGCCCCCCAAAUGCUGGGAAGCCCUGGGUUAUUUGGUUGGCUAUUUUUAUGAUCCCUUGACACUGCAAAGGGCUGGAAACAUGGACGAAUCCUCAGGGGAGGGCAAGGAUGGAAAAGUAGCAUCCCAGGAAGACAAGGGAAACACGGUGGACGAACACUGACCCCUGACCUCCACAUUUGUACACACACACAAUGUAAGUUUAAAAAGGGGGCCCGUCUGACUAAGGUCUUUGUAUUUGGUUUUUCUGAGGGAC